UUUAAAUCAUCAUUAUUAUCAUUCGUUGAACUCUAAUCUAUCACAAAACAACGUCGGUUUGUGCAAAGGCAACAGCUAUUGAAUUUAAUAAACAUUACAUAUUACCGGUGUAAACGAUCCACAUUUUGAAUUAUUUAGCAUAAACAUGGAGGUGUAUGAGUUUGAGAAGUCCCUACUCACCCGGCUGCAAGAAACAUCGGAUGUGCUUUGUGCCCGUGGGAUUGCUUUGCCGGCAUCCGAAGUUCGGACUGAGUGGGCCAACUAUGUGGAAAUGGCCAUCGAACCCACCGGAUGGCAAGCGCAGUGGCGCAUUCCACGUGUAAUGUGCGAAGAAUUGUCGCUCAAAUAUCCCACCCUUGUGGUCGGUACCGUCGAACAGGUGCUGUUCGAUGAACUGAAAGCGAUCUUCGUCGUGGAAGCGGUGCAAGAUGAUGACGUACAUAUGCCCGAAAGACAAGUGGUGGCACUUGAAGAGCUUACGCCCCUGAAGGAACAGGAGAACGAUGCAUUGAACGUGGAUCGGACGGCGGAUUGUUUGGACCGCCUUCGGUUCUUCUAUCAGCACGUUUGGAUGCCUUGGGACAACGACGAGGACGACGACGGUAGCGACUGGGCCGAAAAGAAUUUAUAUGACAGAGUAAAGUUUUAUUACGAUGUAAAAAAGAGAGUGAUGUCUAAGCGCCUUGUUUCGCAUGUGUUGGCUUUGCUGGCCGAAGCGAACUAUGUGCAAAAGAAACGGGAGCUGUUAGAAAUGGAAGUAGAUGAAGCGGAUGAAAACACUUCCGAUGGCGAGAAUGAGCAGGAGAAUAAAAGAACAAACAAAUUGGUUGAACUUCAUCUGCGCCUAAACGUAAUCAAAAACGAAAUGAAAAUUCUCGAGGAUCCGACAUUGAGAGAGGCGUUCGAAAAGGUUCGCUUUGGAUCAGGAACAGAGAACCAAACAAACGAGGAAGCCUCAAUUGUGGUUCACACUGGAACCCUUGACCAGCAUAUCGAAUAUUUGAAGGAAGCUAAAUCAAUCGUUGGAAACAGUAAAACUGUUCGUAUAUGUGAUUCUUUACAAGGCGCUCUUGAAAAAGUCCCCUCUACAAAUGAGGUAUAUCUACCACGUGGCACACAUGCAAUCAAGUUCUUGGAAUAUCUGAAUGGGGGUGGACUGUUGAAGGCGGUAAGCGCAAUCCGAUUUGUAGAUGUUUGCAGAGAGGGACAACUACAUUCCAUAAAGGGAACAGCGGUGAUCAGUUCAAAGGACGACGACAGCGUUCUGCUGACGGUUGAUGGGGACUACUGCUUCGAAAAUGUGAUGUUGGAUUGUGUCAAUGUUCGGACCGGAGUUCUUAUCAAGCAGGGAAAUGUCACGUUCAAGAAUUGCUAUUUGAUUGGUGAUGCCAAAUCCAGCACCAAACAAGGCCUGGUCGUAUUUGGCAACUCGAAAAUCACGUUGCAGGGCUGUGUUUUGAAAGGUUUCUCCACCGGUAUCUAUGCGAACGAAAACUGCCAAAUCCACCUGAGCGAUAGUAUCGUUCUGGAGUGUAUUCGAGGAAUCGAAGUUUCGUGCGGAGGAAAUGCCACUUUUCAAACAUCCGAGAUACGUGAUUGUAAAUCGUACGGUAUGCUGUUGGAAGUAGAUGAGCUCAAUGUGUCACAGGAAAGUGAUGAGAAUCGAAUUCUCUACAACGAUUAUAAUGAAAUUGGUCGAAGUGAGCUGAUCUUCAAGGGCAUUUGCAAUUUCCGGGAUAAUGGCAAGGCAAACUUCAUAAUUUGUAAGUCCGGAAGCAGUAAAUUUAACAACUCGUGCUUUACGGAGCAACCCGCGCAACCAAACGUAAGUAGUAGCGUUGAAUCCGAUAAGACAUAUAAAAACAUGCCGAACGGACACAAAGACGAUGACUACAAAGGACAACUAUAUGACGUAGGAAAACUUCUCUGGGGGCUGAGUCAGACUAAGGUAAAUGAGGUAAAACUUGACUCGGCCGAAUGCAGUGCCUAUGACACUAGUACUGACAAUGAUGGAACGGACCUUUAUUCGACUGUAAACGAUAAAUCCGAGUUUUCGUCAAGUGGUGCAUCAAGUAGUUCCAGCGUUAUAAGAAUUGAUGAAUCGGUCAUUGAAAUAGAUUAAGUGGAAUGCACGGUUGGGCCUAGUCUUUUGUUUUGCAAUAAAUUAUAAUAUUGAUCUUGUAAUA